AUGGCUUACUUAACCACCUUGGAGGCACGGCUUGAUGCUGUGUACAGUGCUUUGGAAACGCUUGGACCCGAUUCAUUGGCAGAAGACUUUGUCAACUUUGCGUCUUUCUUCUCUGAAGAUUGUAUUGCGUAUUUGAGAGGUAUGCGAGAUCACAAAACGCCAGCCUUUGGCCGACAAGGCCUGAUUCACGACCUGCAAAAUCUUUUACAAAGCCAACACUUGAAAAAACGACGCGUCAUAUCACAAGUCGCCAAUGAGCAAGGAGGUCAAAUCUUCAGCGAGAUGGAAAAUCAGUAUAUUGUGCACAGCGAAAUUUUAGAUCCAUUUCACAAAACCGCUGUUGUCUCAUUCAACAGAGAGGGGCUUAUACACUCCUUCAAACUUUACUGUUGCCGUAGCCACUUUGUUUGGCUUACACAGCAAGCUACUGGAGAGGGCUCUUACAAAGAUCUGACUGUAUGA